AUGACGAAAACAGUCGUCGUUCUCGGCGCCGGUAUGGCCGGCCUUCCCAUCUCCCAUUAUCUCCUAUCACACACCACUACCAGCGUCCCUGAUCUGCGGGUUAUCUUGGUUAACCCGAGUGACGAGUUCUACUGGAAUUUGGCCUCGGUGCGCGCGGUGGUCCCAGGCCAGCUCUCCGAGGAUAAGUAUCUGUGGUCCAUACCGAAGCUCUUCGCCAAGUACCCAUCAGAUAAGUUUGAGUUUCUCGCUGGCAAGGCUGAGACCCUGUCUCCCGACUCCAACUCGGUCGUGGUGGCUCUCAACGACGGGUCCAAGCGCUCCAUUGACUACCACACCGUCAUCAUCGCCACGGGGUCAGAUUCGAAGGAUGGGAUGCCCUGGAAGACCGUUGGCACAAGUCAACAGACCCGUGCUGCGCUCGCCAAACUGCAACAGGGAAUCAAGGACGCCAAAUCCAUUGUCGUGGGUGGCGCUGGCACGACCGGUGUUGAGUUUGCCGGAGAGUUGGGCACCGUGUACGCCAAAGCGGGCACCAAGGCCGUGACUAUCAUCUCGGCGGAUACUCUACCGCUCGAGUCGCGCGUCAUGGAGUCCACCAGGUCAACGGCUAAGAGCGAGCUAGAGAGGCUGAAUGUCAACUUCAUCGCCGGAGCCAAGAUCACGAACGUUACGGAAGCCGGCGGGCAGCAGGUGCUCGAGCUGACCAAGAAGGAUGGCAGCAAGACGGCACUCAAGACGGACCUAUUCGUCCCAACCUUUGGAAUGGUUCUUAAUACCCAGUUUGCGCCGCGCGACAUGCUCGAUGCCCAGGGACAGCUGCAGCAGGACAAGUACCUCCGCGCCCCAAAGUACAAGAACGUCUUUGUGCUAGGCGAUGCCGGCAAUCUGGAGGCAAAGCAGGCCGCCAUGCUCGAGAACCAGAUCCGCCACCUAGCGAAGCAGUUCGACUCAUACUUCAAGUCCGGGCAGGUCGAGGAGUACAAGUUCGAUCCUAGCAAGGUAAUGCUUGGUAUCUCGAUCGGGUCCGGGCGAGGCACUGGACAGGUAGGCACAUGGAAACCCUUCAGUUUGAUCAUGUGGUUCAUGAAGUCGCGGCAUCUUGGCACAGACAAGGCCAUGGAUAUCGCCGCUGGGUUAAGGACUUUUGGAGGGAAAUGGUGA